AUGGUUUUUUGGGAGGGUGGGGGCAGGAACGGGUUAGGUAUCUUGGUUGAUAAGGACCUUCGUGAACUGGUGGUGGAGGUUAUGAGGGUGAAUGACUGGCUGAUGACUAUUAAGCUUGUUGUUGGGGGCUUGGAUGAGGAAGACAAAAGGAAAUUUUGGGAGGAUUUGGAUGAGAUUGUGCGUGGUAUCCCGCAUAUCGAGAAGCUUUUAAUAGAAGAAGAUUACAAUGGCUACAUUGAAGCGACGUCUAGGGGGUAUGAUGAUAUUCAUGAUGGCUUUGAUUUUGGAGAUAGAAACGAAGGAGGAGUGUCUCUGCAGGAAUUCGCUAGAGCAUUUGAUUUGGUGAUAGCAAACUCGAGUUUCCCAAAGAAGAGGGAGCACUUGGUCACCUUUCCUAGUUCGGUGGCCGAGACUCAGAUUAAUCAUUUACUCUGCAGGGAGAGGAGGAUGAGAGCGAUGUAUAGCCAACAUAUGAUCAGUGGGGAGCCUUAA